AAGCAGCAGCAGUAGCAAAAGAAGAGCAGAGCAGAGCAGAGCAGAGCAGAGCAGAGCAGCACGUGUGGUCUCAGAGAGUCACAGGACGAGAGAAAGAGAAGAAUCCUGCUGGCAGCAUCCUUUUAACGCUUUCCACCAGCUAACAUGAGGCCAGGGUUCAGUCCUCGUGGGGACCGUGGAGGAAGGGGUAGAGGUGGAAGUAGAGGAGGAUUUGGUGACAGGGGAGGCCGAGGAGGAUUCAGAGGAGGAAGAGGUGGAGGUUUUAGGUCCCCAGAGGGUGGAGGAUUUCGGGGCCGAGGGGGUGGCAGAGGCACCCCAAGAGGGAGAGGGGGUAGGGGCGGCAGAGGAGGCUUUGGAGGAGGGAAGAAGGUCUUGGUUGAGCCACACAGACAUGAAGGAGUGUUCAUCUGCAGAGGUAAGGAGGAUGCCCUGGUGACCAAGAACAUGGUGGUAGGAGAGUCUGUGUACGGAGAGAAGAGGAUCAGUGUGGAGGAAGGAGAGACAAAGAUUGAAUACAGAGCCUGGAAUCCGUUCCGCUCCAAGCUGGCAGCAGCCAUCUUGGGAGGAGUCGACCAGAUCCAUAUCAAGCCCGGAGCAAAGGUCAUGUACCUGGGAGCUGCGUCUGGCACCACAGUGUCACACGUCUCUGACAUUGUUGGACCGGAAGGGCUGGUCUACGCUGUGGAGUUUUCCCAUCGAUCAGGUCGGGACCUUCUCAAUGUGGCAAAGAAACGCACCAACAUCAUUCCAAUCAUCGAAGACGCUCGACACCCACACAAAUAUCGCAUGCUGGUUGGAAUGGUGGAUGUAAUUUUUGCUGAUGUUGCCCAGCCUGACCAGACUAGGAUUGUUGCUUUGAACGCUCACAACUUCCUGAAGAAUGGAGGACAUUUUGUCAUCUCCAUCAAGGCUAACUGUAUAGACUCGACAGCGGCUCCAGAGGCAGUGUUUGCCUCAGAAGUGAAGAAGAUGAGUGCUGAGAACAUGAAACCACAAGAACAGCUCACACUGGAACCCUAUGAGAGAGACCAUGCUGUGGUGGUGGGCGUCUACAGACCUCCGCCUAAACAGAAGAAAUGAGGUGUGGAAGAAAGUUCAGGGAAAUGGAUUACCAUUUUCAAUCUGUUUUAUAAUGUUGCGUGUUGCCCUCCUCUCAAUCCUGUCUGUCGAUUACUGCACAGUAUGAAAGACUGACUAGCACUCUAGUGCUGCAGGUUCUUUUUUUUGUUUGUUUUGUGUUUUUGGGGGUGGCGUCCUGACAGUUAACUGACCAGCCAUCCAACUGCUAGAAGGUCUUCCUAUUGACAAGUUUGGGAGCACAUUACAUGACAUUUGGGGCCAUUUCAGCCACAUCUGUUGGUUGCCAGAUUGGAGGAAGUCAUGUUUAGUAGUAAAAGUUUUAUAAUAUGUAUUCAUAUCUGGUUGGACCACCCAUAUUUCACAUUUGUUACGCACAGGUCUGUGUUCCUGUGCAGCUACACACCAGGAAGUUAAAUCUCCAGUCUUGUGUAGUGUGUCCCCAGCCUUAGACAUGUUGCCAGGGAAUAAGUUACUUUCUACCCUGAGCAGUAUUUCAACAGAUGGAAUAAACAGUUUGACUAAAUGUUUGAUUUUGGCUCCAGUGAGGUUUUUUUUUUUUUUUAUUUCAAUACUCCUGCUUUUCUGUGCUCCUGAUCCUUUUCUUACUGUUUAUUUUGAUUUCAUUUUUUUCCUUUGAAUGAAAUGUUUUUUUCUCCUGCUCUUCUGAUUUCCUUACUUUGUCUGGGUGCUUCUGAUUCCAGAUGGCACACCCCAAAUUGUUAGGAUGGUCAAAGUAUCAACACAGUAUACAUCCCAAAUGGCUAGUAUUGUAGUGUAUAAUUCUGUCAGAAUGUAUGUUAUGUUGUACGGUAGCUCAUGUGAACAAGAGCCUCAGGUGUGCACGAUAAGGAAUCCUUAUUGCUGAUCUAUUUAGUGGUGAGGUGGCAUACAGGACCCUGUGAGUGAACCGACUACAUAUAAAUAUAGAUGGUGACUUUUUCACUCAAGCUAGUAAUUUGAUACUUGUAGAAAAACUUGUUAGAAUAUGAAGCAGAAUUGUUAUCAUUUUGAAUAAGUGUGCAACAGUUUAAUGUAUAUUUUUUUUAAUAACCGACAACUUUGUUUUAAUAAAAUGUUUAUCCGUU